UGGGGACUGACUUAGCGCUAGAACAUGUAAGAGAGGAUGAUAGUUGUAAUAACUAUUUAACCCAACCAAAGAAAGUUGAAGAUGAUGAUGAUUAUUAUGGUUAUUUCACACAUGAAAAUAUAUUAUAUUACGAGGAUCCAAACAUAAAUCCAGAUGCUUUAGCAUUUGUAGAAGUAUCAAUUGACGUAGAUGCUUCUAUUGCUAAGCCCGGAUCGCCACUGAUAGUAAUUCUUGAUGCUG